AUGAAGCGUGAUAUACUGGAGUUUGUUGCUCAGUGUCUGAACUACAAAAAGGUGAAGUAUGAACAUAAAAAACCAGGGGGUACACUUCAGAUGAUGCUCAUACCUGAGUGGAAGUGGGAAAGAAUAGCUAUAGACUUCAUAGUUGUGAAGAUAACUUAUGAUGCGGAUAAAUUGGCUAAAAACUACAUUCGUGAGGUGGUUAGGCUUCAUGGGGUUCCUAUCUCCAUUGUGUCCAACAGGGGCAUAACAUUCACAUCCAGAUUUUGGGAGUGUUUGCAUGAAAAGUUUGGCACAAGAGAAAGUGAAGGUGAUUCACCUAAGCUUCUGGCAGCACAAAGUAGGCAGAAAGAGUAUGCAGACUAUAAAGUUCGAGAUCUUAAGUUUCAAGAGGGAAAGCAAGUGUUGUUGAAAGUUUCACCCAUGAAUGGUGUGAUGAGGUUUGGGAAGACGGAAAAUCUUAGCUUGAGGUACAUUGAGCCAUUUGAGAUUCUCAAACGUGUGGGGGAGGUGGUGCACAAGUUGUCUUUACAUCCAGGUCUAUCAGGCGUUCAUCCGAUUGUGAUACAGCGACUGCUACCAUCCUCAUAUGUAGCGUUGAGGCCGUUGCUGGCAGAUUUAGGGUGA